AUGCGCGUCUCGACUGUCGCCCUCGGAGCCCUCGCGCUCGCCGCCCCCCUGGCCUCGGCCAAGGCCCACAGCCGACGCGGCUUCUCCGUCGAGCGUCGCGACCAUCCCAGCGGCGCUGACCUCUACGAGAUGGCCAAGCGCCAGCUUCCCGCCACCAGCAAGAACGGCAUGCCCUACCCCGAGGCCGGCGCCAACCCGCCUCCGGAGAGCAGCCUGCCCAAGGAGUGGAUCGACCGCUACAACGAGAAGAAGGCCGCCGGCCUCAUCCCCAACAUCCCGCCUUCGCUCUACAGCGAGGGCACGGGCGUCACCGGCUACCCUCCCGGCACUGACCUCAAGGCCGCCUGCUCCUGGACGCUGAGCAAGUGCGACACGGGCGACCUGUGGCUCGCUCCCGAGAACAGCGUCGCCAUCACCUUCGACGACGGCCCCACGCCCCAGUCGCCCGACCUCAUCAAGUACCUCAACGACAACAACCAGCGCGCCACCCACUUCCUCAUCGGCUCGGCCGCCGUCUGGAACGCCGACAUCAUGGACCAGUAUGUCAAGGCCGACCCGCCGAUGCACCUCGGCGUCCACACCUGGUCGCACAGCAUCCAGACGAGCAAGACGGACAUGGAGAUCCUCGGCGACCUCGGCUGGACCUCGCAGAUCAUCUACGACCUCACCGGAAAGGUCCCCAUGUACUUCCGCCCUCCCGAGGGCGACGUCGACGCCCGUGUCCGCGCCAUCGCCAAGGAGGUCUUUGGUCUCCAGACCGUCAUGUGGAACAAGGACGCUGACGACUGGUGCCUGCGCCAGGGUACCGGCACCGCCCAGAUGGACGUCUGCACGACGGGCGUCGGCAAGGACCAGGACUCGGUCGUCAAGGAGAUGGAGAGCUGGGCCAAGGCCACCAGCAAGAAGGGCUUCAUCUCGCUCGAGCACGAGACGACGGACCAGGCCAUCAACGCGUUCAAGAAGUACCACAAGGCGCUCAAGGACAACAACUGGAACGUCAUGUCGGUCCCGGACCUCCAGGGCCUGCCCUACUACCAGAACCAGUGGAACCUGACCACCAAGGUCGAGGACGUCAAGUCGAUCCUGCCCACGCGCAAGGCCAUCGACAUUGUCAACUCGGACGCGGCCCGCGGAAGCCCCCAGGCUCCCGACGUCUCUGCCUUUGCCGACCUCGACGGAAGCGGCCACGCCUCGGCCGGCAAGUCGUCGUCGUCGUCUUCGUCGUCGUCGGCCAAGUCGUCGGCUGCUUCCGGUUCGGGCUCGUCGAGCGGAUCCACCUCGUCCCAGAGCGCCUCCAGCAGCAAGCAGAGCCAGACCUCGACCUCGGGUGCCGCCCAGUCUGGCGCUCUCCUCUCGACUGCUGGCCUCGCCUCGGUCGCCGCCGUCGUUGCUCUCUUCCUCUAA